GAGGAGCGGGGGCUCAGAGCGCGCUGGGCGGCCGCCGGCUCGCACCUGGCGCCCGCUGCCCGCUCGGCCGGCCGGGCUAGCUCCGCGUCCCCGCCCGGGGCUGUGUGUCGGGGGGAGUCCUCUUUCCGACUGUCAAAAUGGUUAUCAAAGUGUUUGUUGCCACUUCUUCGGGGUCCAUAGCGAUUAGGAAAAAGCAGCAAGAAGUAGUGGGCUUUUUGGAAGCUAAUAAGAUUGACUUCAAGGAAUUAGACAUCGCUGGAGAUGAAGAAAAUAGGAAGUGGAUGAGGGAGAAUGUUCCUGGAGAGAAGAAACCUCAAAACGGGAUCCCUUUGCCCCCCCAGAUCUUCAAUGAAGAGCAGUAUUGUGGGGAUUUUGACUCUUUCUUCUCUGCCAAAGAAGAAAAUAUUAUUUAUUCAUUUCUUGGCUUGGCUCCCCCUCCUGGGUCAAAGGUGACAAAAUCAUCCGAGGAAGCAUCUUCCCUUCCCAACGGCGAUGUAGCGGGAGAGGUGCAGGGCGCCACAGAGGCAACAGAGAAGGCUGAAGAAAGUGGAGAAAAUGAGGCACAAAAAGAAGAUAACGAGGAUUCGGGCAACCUUGCUGAGUCUUCAGAGAAGGAAGAAGAGGGAGAGACGGCAACGGAAGAGACGGAAGGAAUAACCGAAGAGGGAGCAGAAGGGGAAGCAGAGGAAGAGGAACCUGAAGAAAAAGAAGAAGCCGGAGAAGAAGAUUCUUAGGCCUUUUCAUGCUUCAUUUCUCCAACUUUUCCAGAACACUCAAGCCACGAAGCAGUACUUCAACCGUCUCCCCUCAAACCAACCUCAGCAAAAUGCUUUGGCGUGAAGCUAGCACCCCUCCCUCGGUACACCCGGGGUUCACUGAGGAAUUGUGUUAUCUGACAUGGGGAGACGUAUGCUGGUAUGUCUCCCUAAUCGUAUCAACGCGGAAUUCUCUGUGAGGACGACACACACGUACCUUCACGUGCCUGACAUCUUUGGCCUUUGCUUAUUUAUUUUCUCUUAUUUUAUUUUUUGCUCUGCAUGAAUAGAUCUUACUAAUACCCUGGGGGGGGAAAGGAUUUUGAAAAGUGAUUUCACAACAUACAGCUUCUCUUUGUGAUGUAAUCAAAGUGUUUCUUUGUAUGUGCCUUAUGCGACGUGUCCCAGAAUUCGCUGAACAUAAAGACCUUGGAGAAUAAAGAGCUUUCCAGAAAGCCGUCUUCCAAAUAAAGAUUAAUAGCAGACAUCUUG